UUAAAUUUGAACCACCCGCCGAUGUAGAACUUGCGGGGGCGACAGGGGGUUCAAUGUAAACGCACCUUAAUGUCUACACCGAUGCGCAAUAUAUGAAUAUAUGAAAAGCUGACGACAAAAGCUGUAAUCUAAUAUUUUCCAGAAUUCCUGUAGACAAGUGCUGUUUGUUUUUCUUGUACGGUUUAGCUGACAAGUGCUAGAAUGCAGCGAGUCGCAGUGGUUUUCAGCAGAAAUAUGGCCUUCUUGAGCCGUGUAAACAUGGUUGGUGAACGAGGAUCCGGAGCCGGCAAGGGUGGAGGUGGUGGUGGAUCCAUUCGCGAAGCUGGUGGAGCCUUUGGAAAAAUGGAAGCUGCUCACGAAGACCAAUACUUUUACAACUUGCAAAAAGAACAAAUUAGUAAGUUGAAGGAUGGCUUGCAUGAUGAAAUUUCAUUCCAUGAAGAGCAAAUUAAACGUCACCAAGAAGCCAUCAAUCGUCACAAGAAAAGAAUCACUGAAAUGGACAAGGAGUGAAGAGCAUUUGCUUUGUUACGUACCUAUUUGUAUACAUCAAUCUCUACUAUGUGAGAGAAGCACACGCUGAAAAAAAAAAUUUAAUGAACAAAGUAUUACUUUAUUUGCUCAGUUCUCAUUAUUAACUGUUUUGGUAGUUGUAAGUACAAAAUAAAAUGUCAUCUCUACAGUUUGGAUUAUAAAAUUUAAAAACAAAACACGUCAGUCAUUAACGCAAAUCCACACAGGAGCCAUGCCAGAAUGGGUAAUAUAUUGAUUAUUCACCUCUUUGAUAAAGAACUGAUGUGUAUUUUACUGUUGCUCAAACUUGUAUAACAUUGUAAAUGUAUUAAAACAUUCAAUUUUUUUAACAAUA